AUGUCGUGGCCUUCGCCUUUCGUGGGGUGGGUUUGGGUUGGUGGUGUUGAGAAAAAGGGACCAUUCCUCCGAUCCGAGGGAGGUUAUCACUCGUUCCAUGACUUCACUCUUUUCUAUAUCGUUAUUUUACGGAGAAACGGGUGUCGCUGUCAGACUGUCUGGCUUAAUGUGCAGUGA